AUGUCUCAGGUUGAUAGCAGAAACUCCUCCGCAGCCAAACGUGCUCGGACAGAUGGUGGCCGCAGGGAAGAUGACUGGACUUGUCCUAGCUGUGGCAAUGUAAAUUUCUCUUUUAGGACGACAUGUAAUAUGCGCAACUGCACUCAGCCAAGACCUGCUGAUCACAAUCCGAAAUAUGCUGCCAAGCCUGUGCCAGCGCCUCAAGGAUACUUAUCAGGUCCCCAUGGCCAUAUAGGCUCUGGUGGACCCUCCUCCAUGUACAUGGGUAUGUCACCUUAUGGCUCUUCAGUGUUUAAUGGAACAUCUAUGCCUCAAUAUGAUGUUCCAUUUUCUGGAGGCUCAGCAUAUCACUAUAACUACUCUGGCCGGUUUUCUGGAGGGAGCCCUUUUCGGCCCUUACCUUUUUCUGGGCCCCCUUCCUACUCAGAUGGACCAAUAAUGCGAAACAGUGGCAUGUACGGGUUGCCACCUGUGAUGGAUCAAUAUGGUGUUGGAUUCCGUAUGAGCCCUGGCGUGGGGCAAAGACCUGGGUUUUUCCCGGAGGAGAAAUCUCAGCAGGCGGGUGAUGCAACUCGAGACAAUGACUGGGCCUGUCCCAAAUGUGGAAAUGUAAAUUUUUCGUUUAGAACAGUUUGCAACAUGAGGAAGUGCAACACACCUAAGCCUGGAUCUCAGGGUGGAAGAACUGGCAAGAAUUCAAAACCAGACAUGCCAGAGGGGAGCUGGAAGUGUGAGAAAUGCAACAACAUUAACUACCCAUUUAGGACCAAGUGUAACAGACAGAACUGCGGUGCUGAAAAACCUACUGAGACGAGCAAAUCUCUUCCAGAUUCUGUCGACACAAAUGAUCAGUGA